AUGAGUGAACCAGUCGAGGAAGCUCAGCUAAUUGAGGUGUAUAUUUUACAGUGAGAAACAGGUGUAUGCAUGUGGCCAUUUAAUUCCUUGGUUGGGGUCAAAAUGUUAGUCAGAUAAACAAAUGGUUGAUUGGUCCAGAUAGAUUAACAAAUGGUUGUUAGAAGGCAAUACUCAGUCUCCAGGGAUGUUGGUGACCGGACAAAGGGGAAAUUAACCUGCUGAGAUGAUGAAUCAAUCAGAAGAGGAAACACAUCAGCUGGAAGGCGAGGAAGACGAAGAAGAGACACUGAAGACUAAGUGGAUAUUGGAGAUUAAAGAGAGACUCGGAGCAGUUAAGGAAGCAGAAGAAUCAUGCAUCUAUCAAGUCCCAAGCAAACUUCGAAAGGUGAGAGAGGAUGCCUACAAUCCUCGCGUCGUCUCAAUUGGACCUUUUCAUCGAAAAAACACUGACCUUGUAGCUGCUAUGCGAGAGCACAAAUGGCGUUAUAUGUUAAGCUUUCUGCAGCAAUCGGAUGAUCCUGACGAGUCUCACGAAUGCUUGGAACAUUGCAUGAAUGCUAUUUAUAAUUUAGACAAGGAGGUUCGUCAAUGCUAUGCGGAAAACAUCGACUAUGAGAAGAAUGAGCUAGCAAGAAUAAUGUUACUUGAUGGCUGCUUCAUCUUAGAACUCUUCCUCAGGUACUACGCCAAGAAAGUGGAAAAAGAAGACGGCCCUGAUCCAGUACUAAAAAGUGCUUGGACGAUCGCGGCUCUUCAGCAUGAUUUGGCUUUGCUUGAAAACCAAAUCCCUUUCUUUAUUCUCAAACGUUUGUAUGACAUUGUCCAGCCUCGUGUCGUGAUCAACGGCCAUGAAGCACCACACUCGGUUGCUGGCCUUGCUCUCGUGUUCUUUCAACCUUUGAGCCGAAAGCCGAUAGCUAAAGAUCAACAUGAGCUGGGGACAGACUUCAAGCACUUGCUUGAUCUCUUGCACAAAUUCUACUUCCUCAGAGCUGGAGUGCCUGGCCAUGAGGUGUCAAUUAAGGUCAAGGUCGAUCAUGUGGAAUUGGUUUCCAAGGUUAGAUCACAACAAUCUGCAUGCCUUUUUUUCAGAAAUAUAUUUAAGAGAAGAAAGCAGCAAACUGCUUCAUGCCUUCCUGAACCUGAUGAGCCAGCAACAAACAACAAGUGGGGAUUCAACUAUUGCGCUUCGGAACUUUUGGAGUCUGGGAUCCAGUUUCAGAUUGGUUCUUGGGAGGACAAUUUAUUGAACAUAACAUUCAGCAAUGGAGUCAUCAGCAUUCCCCAGUUGAUCAUUGACGAGGCUACCAGUUCAGUGUUCAGGAACCUCCUUGCCUUCGAGCAAUACAGCCUUAGCUCUACACAUGGCGUGACGUCGUAUGCCUUCCUGAUGAAGAGUCUCAUCCGUUCCUCAGCGGACACCAAGCUGCUCCGAGAAAAAGGGAUCAUAAGGCAUAAUAGGAUUGGAGACCAUGAGUAUUUGAGUCAGUUCAAGGAUAUUCUUGAUGAAGUUGUUGUGAAGGACGACUUCUAUUUUGAUAAAUUGCGAGACCAAGUGAACGAGUAUUGCACGUCCUGGUGCAGCUUGAGCAAGCUUCAAGUAUUUCUGAGGGUGCGAUUUCUAAGAGAAAUAAGGGUCCUUUUCAGCACCUACUUCUCUUCCACAUGGAGUUUCACAUCUUUCCUGGCUGCGUUUGCCCUUCUCAUUCUCACUUCCAUACAAACAUACUACACCAUUCACCCUCGCAGAUGA